UUAAUACAUGAAGCAAAAGUUUACAAGGUUUGCUUUGCAGUGACAGGUUUGAAAGUUUAUAUAACAAAAAAGUCACACUAGAUAAUGCGAUUUCGUAGCAGGUUUGAACAUCGGCUAAUGUCCAAGUAUGUUGUCAAAUUUGUAACUAGGUCGCCUAGCCUUCGGCGAAAAGUAGAGAAGAAGAAAACAUUUGAUGACGCACGUCUUCUUGGAAGGCCUGCUUUCAGACCUAUUCACGUGCCAUGCCCACAUAUUAUUCGUCAACCGACAGGUUGGUAAGUGUUCACAUGUAUCUGCAACCCGUCAUACUAGAUACUGGAAUUUCUCGGUUGGCCUGAUUGGCCUUUUUUGGCGUACCUUAUUACCUAGAUACAUCGACGUAUCGUGCAACUGAAUCGACAGUCAGUUAGAAGACGGUAUGUUUUAACGUUUUGUUUACCGUGUUUGAUAUAGACGAUAACAGUGAAAUUUGAUAGUUUCUAUUUAUAACAACCAAAGCCAGUAGUACCCAAGCUUUGCAUGUUUUUGGCACAUACUUUAAUGGCAGAAAAUAGACUCCAUCUAGAAAUAACAGAAGUAUUUGGCUCACGAUAGUCUGGUCCAGUGCUUUUGGCCAAAUUUCUCUUUUGAUACAAUGAAUACGAAUGUUAGAACUAUGAUAUAGAUGUAUAACGACCUUUAAAUGAGUACUAAAUUCCAGAUGGGAGUUUUAUUUUUCAAUAGAUUAUGUAGCAAUGAAUAAUGAAUUAACAAUCAACAACCUUUUGGCAGAUUUUCAAUUGUGGUAAAUUACUAGUACGCGAGGUGUGUUGGUAAAACGCACUAAACUCAUGCAGACCUUACCCAUACAUUUCCUUACGUGUUUUUUUAAUGUUUUUCGUUCGCUCACUUCUACAGCUUGACAGUGGUGACGUCACGAGAUGGUCAUGGCACGAGAGUUCAUAUUUCUCGCACUUUUCCUGACUUGUGUAACAACAUACAUGUCCAUCAGUUUUCCACGGGGAUGGAAAGACACGGAGAUCUCAGUAAAACCGGCAUUUGCUAAUCUCUAUGCCGCCAAAAGGUCAAAGUUCAAGAGCCUGAUGCAGACAGGAUACCUUCCCUCAACACAGAACAGUGUAAUGACGUCGGUUCCAACAAGCCUUCCUACCUGUGGCCGUCCUGUCACCAAUUUUGUAUUCAUCAAGGUUCAUAAGACAGCUUCUGGCUCCACGUUUAGGGUACUGGCGAGGUUCGGCCGGAACCACGGGAUGACCAUCUGCUAUCCCGCGCUCCGUAGGAAGGCUAGACACAUUCAGCUAUCAUACCCAAGUGGAAAACUGACAAAGGACGACUGUAGACCGUCCCCUGGAAGAAAAUACAGCCUCAUCAUACACCAUUCAGUCAUGAACAAGCCAGCCAUGGACCGAGUCAUGGAGCCCGGCACCAAGUAUAUCGGCAUCUUUCGGGAGCCUCUCAAUCAUUUCCGGUCAAUCUUCUUUUGGAAGAGUAGAGUUGCCCGGCGUAUUGAAAAUCCACUCGGAGCGUUUCUUAAUACAACUCACGACCGGAAGAAAACAUAUUCGAAACACAAAAAUUUUCAAGCGUACACCAUGGGGUUCCCGAAAAGGCUGAUGACCAGCAAAAAUGAAAGCCAAAUAUAUGAAGAAAUUAGGACCGUUGCGGGUUGGUACUCGGUGGUCCUGAUAACAGAGUACUGGGAGGAGUCCUUAGUUCUUCUGAGAAGGAAGUUUUGCUGGAGACUUUACGACAUUCUACACACAACACAAAAGCUGCAUGCUCUUCAUACUAAGAAAGAACACGUCUCUCUAACUACAGAACAGGAAGAAACUCACAGGAAAAUGAGCAAUAUCGAUUAUAUGAUGUACGACUACUUGAAUAAGACAUUUUGGCAACGUGUAACAAAUGAGGGACCGGAGUUUUGGGAAGAGGUCACAUAUUACAAGACCCUGAAUGGUGAGGUGAACAAACAUUGUAACUCAGUAGGUGGUAAAAGAGUCUUUCCUGCUGGUAAAUGGAGUCAGGAAUUUGUGAUUGAUUCGCCCUUCUGUAAAGAACUGAAAUGGAAGGAAGACCGAUGGGCGGACGCUUGUUGGGAUGUGGUUGAGAGACAAAACGAAGAGACGAAACAGAUCUUGAAGAAACUCAGCGGUGUUAAGUGAUGUAGAAACAUGCACAUACUGUAGGUACAGUGUUGUUAUUGGCGCACCUGUCUAGUUGUAUACAAACUGUUUAGUGUGCUUACGUAUAUUGCUCAAUUUGGUGAAAUUCUUAACAUUUGCUUACUUGCAAAUGACAGUUUUCAAGUAGCUAUUUUUAAAACAAUACAAACUGGAAAUGCAACAUACAGAAAAUGCAAGUUAUUUUACUUAUUUAUUAUCACAUGCAAAAAUUGACAGUUUCAAAAUAAAGUUUAAAAAAAAAGGUAAAGCCCCUGCAAGAAUUGACUCUUCUGGCAGAUCCUCCAGUUAGAAUAGACGAGUUCAAAAUCUUUUACUGAAAAAGGACUCCGGAUAUACUCGCCUCGAAAGGAUGAACCUAACAGGUCUCAUUUACCAUUUCCAGGGUAAAUGUGUUAAAUCUAAGUUUCACGUUGUUAGUUCCACCCGUUCCAGCAGUCAGUAAUACAGCAAAGCAACAUUUUCUUUGCAAAGUCAGUAGACCUGUCAUUUGUAAACACAAUAAACUAACAAUUAGUACAACCGUUUCUAAACAAUCACAACACAAACGUAAUGCAGGUCAACACUUUUCUAAAAUCCAACUUAAAAAAUAGGGUGC